GCGAAUUCUGGGGACGACGGGAAGAAGCCCCCUGUGCCGCGCACAUACCUGAAGAGUUGGGAGACGAUCCCGAAGUCUUUCCUGAACGCAUACGGCCGUGGGAAAUUCGACGUGAUGCCCACCCACGAACUCUGGGGUUUGUGCAACGUGAAGCAAAAGACGGGUGCUGUCUACGCCACAGAGUUAGCCAGCGAGCAUGAUGAAAGGCGCGGGGUCGGCGUGAAUCGCUGGCUGCAGAGCCAGGUACAGUUCCUCGAGUACCUCAAGGGCGAGCGUGUGCAGGUGGAGGCGUGCAUGAAACCAGACAUCGUGCGCCUGCUGUACCAGGAGAUCGACAAGGUCCUUCCGGCGAUGAAGAAGAUCCUGGCGCCGAAAAAGGAGCACCGCAAAGACGGGAUCGACCAGCUCCGGAGCGCCGUGGUGGCGGCCGCGGAGACAGUGGGUGUCGAUGACCUCAACACGAAUGCGAAGAUCGUCUGGGAGUACAUCAACCCCGCCCAGGUCAACAUUGUCAGGGCUACCCAGUUUCUCUUCAGCGGAGGGGGGAGCUCCCACGUGGCGUCGUCGCACCACCGCGCCAUGCUGGGCUUCGCGCUUCACGGUAAUGCUCUCCACAACGACCGCUCAGGGGACGCCGUGACGCUCGAGCAGUUCCAAGCGGCUGUGCGGGCUCGCCACGCCCAGGGACCCGUCGACGAGGAGGAGCCCCCCCACAAGAAGAUCAAGCCGGGCACGGCGGUUGCGGCGGGCUUUCAGUGA